GUCGCAUGCGUUAACUCAUUGUCGCGCUGCUCACUUCCACGCCAAAGUCUUCAGGUUACCACAAACCCAGUGACGCACCAAUAUAACCGCGGGCAGCCAUGGCACCGGGUGCAAUCAGCGAUUUCGCGCCUCCACCAACGGAACCAACGCCAGAGACUCAAAUCAGCACCGCCAAUGCACCGUCGCCAGCUUUGUUCUCUCUUGCAGGUCAGACCAUUGCCAUCACUGGCGGAGGCAGAGGGCUUGGCAUCACUCUCGCGAUUGCAGUCAUCGAGGCAGGCGGCCAUGUUGCUUGUCUCGAUGUUCUGCCCGCACCAGCAGAAAAGGAAUGGGUCGUCAUUCAAUCUCUGGCGAAGAAGUCUGGAGUUUCCGCAACGUAUAGCAAGUGCGACAUCACAAACGAGAACGACAUCCAGAUGACGUUCGACGAGAUUGCCUCGCGUGAGACAUCACGAAUAGCGCCUUUCAGCGGUAUCAUUGCCUGUGCGGGCAUUCAGCAAAAGACACUCGCUGUUGACUAUCCCGCAGAGGAUUUCAACCGUAUGCUGUCUGUAAACGUCACGGGCACAUUCUUGACAGCAAAGCACGCCUCCAGGUUGUUCAUCAAGAAUAACAUCAAAGGCAGCAUCGUCUUGAUCGCCAGCAUGUCUGGGACGAUCGCCAAUCGUGGGCUGCACUGCACAGCGUACAACAGUAGCAAAGCUGCUGUUCACCAAAUGGCGAGAUCCAUGGCCCAAGAAGUGGGACAAUAUGGCAUCAGGGUCAACACACUGUCGCCAGGGUACAUCCGUACAGCAAUGACGGAUGCACUGUUGAAAGAGGAGCCACAUCUCGAGCCGCUGUGGAUGGGCGGUGCCUUGCUCGGACGUCUGGGAGCGGUGGAGGACUUCAAGGGCCCAGCAAUCUUCUUGUUGGCGCCUGGCAGCAGCUGGAUGACGGGAGCAGACCUGAGAGUCGACGGAGGGCAUUGUGCUAGCGCCUGAACGCGGUGGUGAUGGUGGCGUGUCCGAGCGAGGGCGUAAUGGACAAGACCUCAUGUGCUCAUAAUGCCAUUGUACCUUACAUUCAAGAGACUAUUACAUGCAUCCGGCGGCAUACCGAAUCGCACGUAUUGGAUUAUCGAUGCUGCUUUGGCAAGGAGGCUGCCGCUGUCGCGAUGAUAAAGAACACCUCGACUCUUUGUCAUGGUAGAUGAAUGAAUAAGGUACCUAAGGUACAUGGAUGUACAAUGUAUGAAGAAUAAU